AUGAAAAACGUUGCACUUGUCAUAAAAACAAAAAUGUUCUUGUUAUUCCUACCAACCAUAACAUGCGAGUAUUAUCAAUGUGAGCAAAUUAGUUCAAAUCUCAAGUUUCAUGAAAAAAUAACUAUUAAGUGCAAUAAUUUGGAUGAAGGUGUUAAUCUUAUUUAUUUAAAGUAUGGUACAAAAGGAAAUUCAAAAAGUUAUCAUGGCAUAGCUUCAAACAAUGAACUGUCUUUUAUUGUUACGGACGAACUCCCAUUCAACAAACUUUAUAUCAGUUUUGAGGAUGAAGAUCAUUUUAUACAAGAUGUUCAUUUUGAUGGAAAACCAACAAUAAAUUACUUUGAACUCAUGGCAGAUGUAUAUUCUGGUCGAUGGAACUAUCUCAAAAUUUCAACAUUUUUUGAUACCGCUUAUUUCGGAAAAGGGGAAACCAAAUUUGAAGCUGCAUUCCUUAAAAGUCAAGAUAAUAUAAAUGAUAAUGAUUUUCAUGAGAUUCUCCUUUUAAGUGCCACAGAUUACACAAAACACAUUUUUAUUCCUUAUACAAUUGAUGCUGGGGAAUAUUAUCUCAGGCUUCGUUUUCGUUAUGUUGAUGGUAAUAAAAAUUUGGUUUCAAAUGUUGUUACAAAAAAAAUUAGACUUCAACAACCAGAUAUAAAGGAUCAAUUAAUUGUUUAUAGGUAUACAAACGAUUUGAUUUUUAAUGCAGAUAGCAGUUUUGAAGUAUUAUUUGGGAUGUAUCCAUCUAUAAUCAAUGUCAAAUUACUAUACAAAUUGGGCGAAUUUUCAACAAAUUUGGAUGACUAUAAUGAACUUUUUGAAUCUAAUGGUGUAUUGUCACUUUCCAAUAACUAUAAUCAUAGAGGAUUUCUUAUUCCAUCAGAUUUAAAGGAAUUUUAUGAUAAAAUAACAUUUAUAAUGGUAGAUUCUACAACAGCAACAAUUCUAAAUUCAACAAUGAUAAAUAAUAUUAAGAUAUUGCCUGAAUUUAAACAUGAAGAGAUACAACUUGAUCUACCAAAAGAUAACGAAGGGAACUAUUAUCUUGAAGAGGACGGACAUAUUUCAGGAACCAUCACAUUCAAAAAUGAAAUUGACAUAGAUUAUAUGCGUUUACGUACUUAUGAAAUUUAUGGUACUCUAACUGCUGUUCCAGGAAACAACAAAAAAUACCAUUUUGAUAUUGCAACAAUGCGUUAUCAUUAA